AAGGAUUCGGUUACUUUCUCUAGGUACCGCUCUACCGCUGCACUAGGAAAUUUGGUAGUACUUUGAAGCUCUGAAGUGGAAUUAAUAAACAACCAGAAAAAAUGUCAUUGCUACUUUGACCAUACUUCAUAUGUAUGAAAAUGCAGAUGUACAAAAUGUGAGAUAAAUUUAUCUUGAUUGAAAUGAUAAUAUAAUGUAAAUGAUAUUCGGAAUGGAUACGUAUUAAAUUUCAUUUAGCGGUCAGCGUGGUCAUUUUAUCUCGACAAAACCUUCAGACUGCCUGCGAAGUCUACUACUACUAAGCCGUUGCUGUCCUCUAUCUUGCUAUGCUACUCGUAAUUUUAAUAACUAUCGCCAUACUUCUGAUCACAUUCCACUACUGGAGGAAUUGCAAACUACCUCCAGGACCAUGGAGCUUACCGUUCUUAGGGUAUUUACCGUUUUUGGACCCAAAAAACCCUCAAAUAUCCCUGACGAAUCUAUCCAAGAAAUACGGAACCAUAUAUGGUCUUUGGUUGGGUAGCGUCUACACAGUAGUGCUGACCGACCCAAAGAUAAUAAAGACUGCAUUCUCAAAAGACGCGACCACUGGUCGUGCCCCUCUAUAUUUGACCCAUGGAAUAAUGGAAGGCUGGGGACUGAUUUGUACUGAAGGUGAGAUAUGGAAAGACCAAAGGAAGUUUGUGUUCAAUUGCUUGAGAAAGUUAGGGGCUGCUAGAUCCGGACAAAGCAAGGGAAAACUGGAAGGUAUGAUCAUGGAGCAUGUAAUAGAAUUUGUUGAGGUAAGAAAACCCCUUGACUGAAAUGUUGAAAUGUCAUAUACCUAGAUGUAAAGAUAGACAGACGAGACUAACAGGCACUUUCUUUAGGUAAUUUGGAGCGCUAAGAUCGAAUAUAGACAUAUAUGAAGUAAACUUGAAAAUGCUAUUUAUUGUUCUGUGUUACAGUAUAUUCAAAGUAAAAGCGAAACAGUAACCAUAGAUCCUUUAGAGCCUUUGCGUCAUAGUUUGGGUAGCAUAGUGAAUAUGAUCGUCUGUGGAAAAACAUGGGACAGAAAUAAUGAAACAUGGAAGUGGUUGCUUCAAGUCCAAGAAGAUGGCACACAAAUGAUGGGGGUGGCUGGACCACUGAACUUUCUUCCGAUUUUAAGAUUCAUACCAAAAUUCAAAAACACGAUGAAGUUUCUCAUAGAUGGUAAAUACAGGCAACAUGGUCUCUACAAAACUUUAAUAGCAGCUCAAAAGAAAAAUCUUUCGUUAAACGAUUAUGAGAGUAGCAAUUUCAUAAGAGAAUUCUUGUUGGAGAAAAAUAGUAAGAGCUCGGAAAUCCAAGAAAAGUUUUAUAACGAUCAACAGUUUCACCAUCUUCUAGGAGAUCUCUUUGGUGCUGGCUUAGACACAACUCUGACUACAAUAAGGUGGUACUUUCUGUAUAUAGCCAAGCACCAAAAAGUACAAGUCAAGAUCAAAAACGAAAUCAAAGAAGUACUCCAAGAUCGCCAACCUGCACUCCGAGACAUUCCUUACCUUCCAUUAGUUGAAGCCUCAAUCUGCGAGGUGCAAAGAAUAAGAUCCGUAGUACCGGUCGGAAUACCACAUGGUACCACAACAGACACCGAUAUCGAAGGGUACUUUAUACCAAGAGGUACCAUGUUGGUUCCUCUGCAAUGGGCGAUACAUAUGAAUGAGGAAGUAUGGUCUGAACCUGAAAAGUUCGAUCCUGGGAGGUUCUUAGAUGACAAUGGACAGAUUAAGAAGAAUGAGUACUUUAUGCCGUUCCAAGUUGGGAAACGCAUGUGUGUAGGUGAUGAAUUAGCAAGAUCUCUUAUGUUCCUUUUUGUCGUCACAACUCUACAAAACUUCAGAAUAUCGCUAGAAGACCAAAAUGUGGACCUUAAUGGAGAAUGUGGAAUCACAUUGACGCCAAAACACCACAGGCUAAUAUUUUCGAAAGAAUGAUAGUUUCACGUAAAUUUUUUAGCCUAUUUUUACUGAGUAUUUCAUAAAAAGUAAAUUGUAUUCGCAUAAACAAUUUCAAUAAAACAGAUAGUAAUUUCA